AUGACUAACGAAACAGAUGACAUUUUAAUAAGAUUAAGGAGAUGCAAGAGUGUCACUCAAGCCGAGAAUAUACAAAAGGUUGAAGCUGAAUUAAGGCGGGCACAACUUGAUAGACCAUGUCACAAACCGAGGGAUUCGUUAUUUUCUUGGUCGUCUGGAUUUAGUAACUUUACGGGUUUUAUAAACUGGGCCUUUUUGCUUCUUUCUGUCGGGGGUUCUCGAUUAUUUUUGGAAAACAUAAUAAAAUAUGGUGUUAGAGUUGAUCCAUCACAAUGGCUAAUUUUAAUUACAGGAAGUCAAGAAGGCGGCCCUGAACAUUUGUCCAUAAUGCUUCUCCUUUAUUCUGUUGUUCCAGUAUUGAUAUGCUACACAUUAGAAAGGGGUUUAUCUAAAGAUAUUAUCAGUCAUGGUUUAGGUAGUUUCAUUCACAUCCUUAAUAUUGUUUUGCUUAUCAUUUUACCUAUGGCAGUUAUUCAUCUCAGAGCAGAUGGGUUUAGUUUAAUUGGAGCGUCUGCAGUCUGUUUCACUUACUCCAUAUUAUUUUUAAAACUUUGGUCUUACAUUCAAGUAAAUAUGUGGUGUCGUUUAAAAACGGAUUCUUUAACCAAAAAUAAAAAAAGGAGUAUGUCUAGCACUAGAUUAGAUUCUGAAGCUAAUGGUAAUCAUUUUACGGAUGAAGAAAUUGAAAAAAAACUCGUCAAAUAUCCCGACAAUCUUACGUUAAAUGAUUUAAUUUAUUUUAUAUUAGCACCGACAUUGUGCUACGAAUUAAAUUUUCCUAGAACGUGUAGAAUAAGGAAAAGAUUUCUUAUAAAAAGGGCCUUGGAAGUUUUAGUAGGAUUUCACGUUCUCGGUGCCUUAUUUCAACAAUGGAUCAUACCUUCUGUUAAAAAUUCACUUAUACCUUUUUCAAAUAUGGAUCUUGCCAAAGGAACGGAAAGAUUGUUAAAGCUUGCGAUUCCCAAUCAUUUAGUUUGGCUUAUUUGGUUUUAUUUGUUUUUUCAUUCUUUUUUAAAUUUACUCGGAGAAUUGCUUCAUUUUGCGGAUCGUAAUUUUUAUUCGGAUUGGUGGAAUGCAAAUAAUAUAGAUACAUUUUGGAGAACUUGGAACAUGCCGGUUCACAAAUGGGCUGUCCGACAUUUGUACAUACCUCUCGUCGAAUUGGGUUACAGUAAAAAUUUCGCUGCCAUUUCUGUUUUUUUCCUAAGUGCUUUUUUCCACGAAUAUUUGGUUAGCGUACCUUUGAAAACUUUCAAACAUUGGGCAUUUUUGGGAAUGAUGUGGCAAAUUCCGAUGUCCCAUUUCAGUAAAUAUAUGGAAAAUCGAUUUGGACCUCGUUGUGGAAAUUGUAUCGUUUGGGCGGGUUUAAUACUCGGACAACCACUUUGCAUCAUGAUGUAUUAUCAUGAUUAUGUUAUUAGUCGUUUCGGUGCCUCUUUGAUUGGACAAUAUGGCAAAGUUUAA